AUGAACUUACGCGAUGCAGAUUCUGGAAAAAUUCUGUGGCAAAGCACCGAUGAUUUUUCAGUUCCUGACAUAGAACACGAAGGUAAAUGUGGCAUUAAACCAGAUAUUUUAAAAAGCGCACGUUCCAAGGAAAAUUCUCAAAUGCAAAUCAGUUUCUCGCGAAAUCAAUUUUUCCUCAAAAGAGCAGUUGGAAAGUUUCUGGCUUGA